GAUUAUAUUUCAGCAGCAGCGAAAGGGCAAAUUAAAUUAUAAGCUAUCUAGACGUUAGAAUUGAGAUCAUAUUUUAACGGCUACGGAAAGGCACAGCCAGAUGGCCACAUCCAUGCACAUCCACACGACUAACGAACUGAACAGCCCCACUCUAAUCCACGGGCCACGUGGCUCGACGCCAACCCGGCCCGACCGAUCGCCUCGCUUCCUAGUUUCUUCGCGGCCACAACCACAAUUAUUCGCCGGGCCGGGAUCCGCCCACCGAGCCACCGGAGCACCAGCCACCAGUGCACCACCAUCGCAGGGAGUUAGGGACACACACCGGCUGCCGCGGCCCGCCAUGUCUCACUGCUGCCCCUGCGCGAGUGCCUCCUCCUCCACCGCGCCCUUCUUCCUCCCUUCUAUCCCCGACUCCUCUUCCUGCAGGAGCGGCAGCGGUGGCGCCUUCAGCGCUGCUGUUGGUCGGAGCAAGCUGCGGUGCGGCGGCGGGCCGAGGCGCGGGCAAGCGACAGUCGCGGCAGGCAGCAAGGACGGCGGGAGCGGCGGCACGGCUGGAGGGGAGAAGGGAGAAGACGACGCCCCGGCGUUCAAUCCGUUCGGGUUCGUGACGGACAACCCCUCCAGCCGCAGCGCCAUCCAGCUGCCCGCGGUUCCCGCCGAGGACGGCAAUGUCGGCCAGAUGCUCUACACUAAAAGUGACUCGACUUGUUGCGUCCAGAGGAUCGAAGACAAGGGCAGGGAAUACGGCUCGUAUGUCAGAGCAGGAGAGUUUCGAUGGUUCGUCAGGGAAACAGGGUCACCUGAUGCACGACGUGGGACUAUUGUGUUCCUUCACGGAGCUCCUACUCAGUCAUUUAGUUACCGGGUGGUUAUGGCUCAGAUGGCAGAUGCUGGCUACCACUGCUUUGCACCUGACUGGAUCGGAUUUGGGUUCAGUGAAAUGCCACAACCUGGAUAUGGAUUCGACUUUAAAGAGGACGAAUUUCACAAGGCAUUUGAUGAUCUUCUUGGUACUCUAAAUAUCACCGAGCCCUUCUUCUUAGUUGUCCAGGGCUUUCUUGUUGGUUCUUAUGGGCUGACGUGGGCACUCAAUAACUCAAGCAAAGUCCUUAAAUUAGCAAUCCUUAACAGUCCUCUUACAGUUUCUUCUCCAGUCCCUGGAUUGUUUCAGCAGCUAAAAUGGCCACUCUUUGGUGAAUUUACUUGUCAAAAUGCUGUUUUGGCUGAGCGUUUCAUUGAAGCAGGUAGCGCAUAUAUGCUGAAAUUGGAAAAGGCUGAUGUAUACAGGUUACCGUAUCUAUCCAGUGGCGCUCCUGGAUUCGCUUUGCUUGAAGCUGCCAGGAAGAUCAAUUUCCAAGAUGUACUAAGUAGAAUUUCCGCCGGAUUUUCGUCCAACGGUUGGGAAAAACCAAUACUGCUUGCAUGGGGAAUAUCUGACAAGUACUUACCGCUCUCGAUAGCUGAGGAAUUCAAGCAAGCUAAUCCUGGCGUUGUAAAACUAGAGGCGAUAGAAGGAGCUGGUCACAUGCCGCAAGAGGACUGGCCGGAGAAGGUUGUGAAGGCGCUGACAUCCUUCCUGUAAACAUGUGCAAAGAUCAUUAUGUCAUCCGCACGGGAACUUUCAAACAUGCAUGAUGACUGUCGUGGCUUCAUUACGUCCUCCUGUCUAAUUUAAUUAUGCCUUGGAUUGCUUAGAUUUGUGACUGUACAGGUCAAGAUGUAUAUUAGCAAACGCUUUGCAUUUGUAAAUUGCGACGUGGACGAUAUCAGCGACGUGUUAGCUCACGUCAGAGAUGGAUAACAUGUUGUAGAUAAUGGAAACCAAGUUCCGGAUUUGUCCCCAAAAUAAGGGUACAACCAGACAUAUGUUGGGGGCCUUCGUCCUCCGAAGGUCCUCAAAAACAUGAUUUGACAA